GUUCCGGUUUAGGCCAUAGAGAGGCCAGGCUAGGACGGAACUUCCGGAAGGGAGUGUUGCUGCUCCCGCGCUGCCCCUCUCCAAGAUGGCGCAGGUUGUCAGAAUUACAAGACAAUAAGAAAGUAGUGAUGGAAUCGUUGGCUACGGGGUCUAAAGCAAAGAAAACUCUAGGAAACGUUGACUAUGUAGAGUCAUCAGAAUUUUCCCAAGGAAUUCUGCCUACAAAUAAGGAUGUCAUUCAGAACAUGUUGUAUCUGUUGCAACCCAAAAGAGCUGGGCAAGCACAACGGUCAAAAGAAGAUGCAGCCCAAUUGCUUGCUGAACUUCUGCAGGAACACUGGUUGUUUUGCAACUUACACACCAUAGCAACAAAAAAUAUAAAGAAGAAUAUUCUCAAAAUGUAUGAGGAAUUCACAAAACUCUAUCAAACCAGAAAGCAGAGACAAAAUCAGUCAUUUACAGAGAAGGCAGACACAUUCAACAGGAGUUCAGAACAGCUCUUUGACAUAUUUUGUACAGACACAGUGAUAAGAAAUGAGCUGGAACAAUACAGUGGUAUAAAAAUGACAGACGUUGAGUGGAAAUUUCUUGAAAAUCAAAGAAGUGAAAGAAAAAUGUACCAUAAAGAUUUCUUGGACAAGAAAGAAAUUAAGAUGAUGGAAAGAAGAAAACUACAGUGCCUGGAGCACUUGAGAAAAAUUGCAGAAAAAAAAGAAGCAAGUGAAGUCAAAGAAGAGACUUACAAAACUGAUGAGAAGUCAGAUGAAGAUGCAACCUUGAGAUCUCAGCCGUCCAUAUUAUCACCAGCCGAAAGACUCCAAAGAAUCAGAAAGAGGCCACGUAGAAGCAAGGAAGACGUUGCAUGAAGUAAUGCAGCAUUCAAGUAAUGAAAAUCAAAAAGUGCAGGAGUGGCAGGGAGAGUGAAAGGAGGGUCCGCCAGCAGAAUGCGGAUCGCCGGCACCAAAGCACGGAGCGGCUGCUAAGCAUCAUAGAGAGCCAAGCGGACUCGAUACAGGCACUCGUAGCAAUGCAGGUGGAGCACAUCCGCACCCACUCCCCCCCUGCAGCCCUUGUCCCAAAACUCUUUCCCUCGUGCCCCCAUGUCACCUCCAACCCACUUUCCCCAACAUCCCGGUUCUUAUCUCCACCAGCUGCCUCCAACACCUGUAGCUUCACCACCCAGCCCUGAAAACUACGACCCUUACCCACUGCACUCAACCCCCAUCAUCAUGCAGUAUAGCCAUCCUGAAGUGCACCACUCAUUGCAC